AGAAGCUUUUGGCGCGCAUUUUCCAGCUGGUGUUGUUAUGGUCGUGAGCAGUGCCGUGGUCCUGUCAAUAGUGGUCUUUAGUGCUGUUUAGGGAGUCCCAUGGCCUAACCAGCCCCCUUAAACACUGAAGAAGACCCUUGCCGCGUGUCACGUAAGAUGUCACUGCAGAACACGGGAAAGCUGAAGCCCGAGAGGGGAGAUUUUGGGAGUGGCCAGGGCGAUGGAUCAGAGCGGCGCCUUCAGCAGAGCCUCGAAAAUGAUGCGACAGAUGAGAAGUUUGGGUUCAUGCGUUACAAGAAGCCACAGGAGAUCGUGGGCUGGCUGCUCAACAUGCACCCAACUGAAAUUAUUAAUGAUGAGAAGAGGCUGGUCAGUGCCGUUGACUACUACUUUAUCCAAGAAGAUGGAUUUAGGUUCAAGGUGUCCCUUCCCUACCAGCCAUACUUCUAUGUUAUGACUACAAAGGAAACCACUCAGGAAGUUGCUACCUUUCUAACCAAGAAGUUCUCAGGUGUCCUUGCCAAGGUUGAAGUUGUUAGAAAGGAAGACCUAGACUUGGACAACCAUUUGAGUGGCCUGAAGCAGACUCUAUUGAAACUGUCUUUUAUGACAGUCGACGACCUGGUGAAAGUGAGAAAUACCAUCAAGUCUGCUGUCAGGAGGAACAAGGAGGUGGCCAGCUCCAAGACAGUCUUCUCAGAGAUGUUAUCGGCUCACUUUGCCGGGGAAGCCGCAGAGACCAGCAAGCGCAUGCAGGACCACCUGGAAAACAUCCUUGACAUCAGGGAAUAUGACGUCCCUUACCAUGUGCGAGUAUCCAUCGACUGCAAGAUCUUUGUGGGUCUGUGGUACUCCAUCCAGCAGUGCAGUUCAGGCGCCCCCUCCAUCACACGCCGGCAAGACCUGCUGGUGUGGCCGGAUUGUAUUGUGCUGGCCUAUGACAUUGAGACCACCAAGCUGCCCCUCAAGUUCCCCGACCCCAAUGCUGACCAGGUCAUGAUGAUCUCGUACAUGAUAGAUGGGCAGGGCUUCCUGAUCAUCAACCGGGAGAUCGUGAGUCAGGACGUGGAGGACUUUGAGUACACGCCGCGCCCAGAGUUCGAGGGACCUUUCAUAGUAUUCAAUGAGGCAAACGAAAAGGAUCUCAUCAGAAGGUUUUUCAGUCACAUUCUGGAGGUAAAGCCUCACAUCUUUGUCACAUACAACGGGGAUUUCUUUGAUUGGCCGUUCGUUGAGGCCCGAGCGAAGGUGUACGACAUUGACAUGGCUCAGGAAAUUGGGUUCUCAAAGGGGCGAGAUGGUGUCUACUCUUCGCGGCCUUGCAUUCACAUGGACUGCUUUUGCUGGGUGAAGCGAGAUUCCUACUUGCCCGUCGGAUCACAGAACUUAAAAGCCGUGGCCAAGGCUAAGCUGCACUACGACCCAGUGGAGAUUGACCCCGAGGACAUGUGCACCUUUGCGGCUGAACAACCACAGGUGCUGGCCAAUUACUCCGUGUCGGACGCAGUGGCCACGUACUACCUCUACAUGAAGUACGUCCACCCCUUCAUCGUGGCCCUGUGCACCAUCAUCCCCAUGGGGCCGGACGAUGUGUUGCGCAAGGGCUCUGGAACUCUGUGUGAGGCCCUGCUGAUGGUGGAGGCCUACCACGCCAGCAUUGUGUACCCCAACAAGCAGGUGUCCAUCCUCAACAAGCAGACUGCAGACGGUCGCGUGCUGGACCAGGAGACUUAUGUUGGGGGCCACGUGGAGGCUAUAGAGUCAGGGGUCUUCCGGGCAGACAUUCCCUGUAGCUUUAGAAUGGUUCCAGAAGCAUUCCAGAAGCUCAUAAACAAUGUGGAACGCACCAUCAAGUUUUGCAUUGAGGUAGAGGAAGGCAUCCCACUGGAGCAGGUGACCAACUACACAGAAGUGGUGGAGGACAUCAAGGCCAAGCUCUCCAGCCUGAAGGACACCCCGUACUGCCAGGAGAAGCCGCUCAUCUACCAUCUGGAUGUGGGAGCCAUGUACCCCAACAUCAUCCUCACCAACAGGUUGCAGCCGUCAGCCAUGGUUGACGAGAGCGCUUGCGCUAUGUGUGACUUCAACAAGCCUGGAGCAACGUGCCAGAGGAAAAUGUCCUGGAUCUGGCGUGGCGAUGUCAUGCCAGCCACACGAAGUGAAUUCCAACAACUCAGGCAGCAGCUGGAGACAGAGCGCUUCCCUCCAGUUGAGCCAGGCGGGGAGCGACGGGGCUUCCACCAGCUGAAUAAGGAGGAACAGGCAGCCGAGGAAAAAAAGCGUCUUCAGGAGUACUGUCGCAAGGCUUACAAGAAGAUCAAGGUCACCAGGACGGAGGAACGCUGGCAAACUAUUUGUCAACGGGAGAACAGCUUUUACGUGAACACCGUGCGCUCCUUUCGGGACCGCAGAUACGAGUACAAAGGCCUCCUGAAGGUGGCCAAGAAGGAUGUUGCAAAGGCACUGGAGAAGGGAGACGUGUCGGAGAUCAAGGCAGCCAAUGCCAAGGCGGUGCUGUAUGACUCCCUGCAGCUGGCCCACAAGUGCAUCCUUAACUCCUUCUACGGCUAUGUGAUGAGGAAAGGCUCUCGCUGGCACUCCAUGGAGAUGGCCGGCAUUGUGUGCUACACGGGGGCCACCAUCAUCACCCGCUCCAGGGAGAUCAUCGAACAGGUUGGACGUCCUCUUGAACUUGACACUGACGGCAUCUGGUGCAUCCUUCCUGCGUCCUUCCCGGAAAACUACACAAUCACCACAACCAACCCCAAGAAGUCCAAGGUGGCCAUCUCCUACCCCGGUGCCAUGCUCAAUGUGAUGGUGAAGGACCACUACACCAACCACCAGUACCAUGACCUGGUGGACCCGAGCUCCCUGGAGUACAGCGUUCGCUCAGAAAACUCCAUCUUCUUUGAGGUUGAUGGGCCUUACCAAGCUAUGAUCCUGCCAGCCUCCAAAGAGGAAGGAAAAAAACUAAAGAAGCGUUACGCUGUCUUCAAUUUUGACGGCUCAUUGGCGGAGCUGAAGGGUUUUGAAGUGAAGCGUCGAGGGGAGCUCCAGCUCAUCAAGAUCUUCCAAUCAUCCGUUUUUGAUGCUUUCCUUCAGGGAGACACCCUGGAGUCAUGUUAUGCCAGUGUUGCCAAGGUUGCUGACUACUGGCUGGAUGUCCUGUUCAGCAAGGCAGCCAACAUGCCGGACUCGGAGCUGUUUGAGCUGAUUGCAGAGAACAGGUCCAUGAGCAAGAAACUAGAGGAUUACGGUGCACAGAAAUCCACCUCCAUCUCUACAGCCAAGCGACUUGCCGAGUUCCUUGGUGACCAGAUGGUUAAGGACGCCGGCCUGAGCUGCCGCUACAUCAUAUCCAAGAAACCAGAGGGAGCUCCUGUCACUGAGAGAGCCAUCCCACUGAACAUCUUCCAGACGGAGCCAUCGGUCAAGCACCACUACCUCCGGCGCUGGCUCAAGGAUCCUUCCCUCUCUAACUUUGACAUCAGGAACAUCUUGGACUGGAACUAUUACAUCGAGAGGCUCUCAGGAACCAUCAUGAAGAUUAUCACCAUCCCUGCAGCUCUUCAGGGUGUUGAAAAUCCAGUUCCUCGAGUCCCUCACCCCAAAUGGCUUCACAAGAGGAUGCUGGAGAGGAACGACACCUUCAAGCAGAAGCGCAUCACUGACAUGUUCUCCUUCGUGGCCAAGCCUAAACCACAGCAGAGGCCGGAGACCGUGGCCGAGGAUUCGGAGGACCUUUUUGCCUCCCAAGAAACACCUGAUAUUGAAGACGUCUUGUCAACAAACUCUCAGAACAAAAGGGUCCUGGGGCCGGCCGUGACGAGCACCAAGCGCAAGAGACCAACAGACCUGCCUGACGCACACAGAGACCUGAACAAGAGUUGGAGGGACGCUAUUGGGAACCCUCCUAAGAUGGGGAAUUCUAAGGAAAGUGUUCAGGCAUGGCUUAGAUUCCAAAAGAAGAAGUGGGAGUUCCAGCUGCACCAGAGGACCAGUAAUGCCAAGAGGGUGCGCAAGGAGGGCGUCAGUGUGGGCGGGGGGCUGGGGCAAGGUGAGGCUGGCAGAGUGGUGAGGUCUGGCCCCAUGACCACACUGGGGAGCUUCCUGCGCCGAGCCCACCGCACACUGAUGGAUGUCCCCUGGCAGAUCAUCCAGCUCAGCGAGACCAACACCCCGGGGCAGUACAAGCUCUGGGCGCUGGUGGGUAACGAUCUCCACCUCAUCAAGCUCAUCAUCCCGAGGAUAUUCUACGUCAAUCAGCGCUCCCCCAAGGAGGAGAGGGAGAGCGAUGGGGUGUGGAAGAAGGUGAACAAGCUGCUGCCUCGCUCAUACCCGGUGCACCACCUCUACGAGUACACCAUCCCGGAGGAGGUGUUCAGGAAGCACAACAACGAGCUCAUGGCAGACCUCUCCUCGCCUGACAUUGAGGGCAUCUACGAGACACAGGUCCCGCUGGAGUUUCGAGCCAUGGUGCAGCUUGGGUGUGUGUGUAUGGUGGACAUAUCUUUGACUCAGGGAGAAACAGACACAUUUGAGUUGCAUCAGUUGAAAUUUAAAACCGUUGCUCAGUUCAAAUACCUAGAGGAAGGCAGCUUGCACCACAUCUACUUCUACCACCACUGCUCCGGGAACAAGGCCAUGUUUGGCAUCUUCUUCAAUCACAGCAAGAGGGCGAGCAUCUUCGUGCUUGACACAGUGCGAAGUAAUCAGAUGCCAAAUGUUAGAAACCUGUUCAAUGCUGAAAGGAAUGCCAAGAUUGAAGGUGGAACUGAACAGUCAGAUCUGCCAGAGGCUAAUUUUGAAUUUGAAAUCAAGUUUGAAACUGAAGCCAGGAAAAUCCAUCGCCAGAUUCAGCGUGUUUUGCAGGGCUACCGAGAUGAGAAGAAAGGACCAACUCUCUUAGCGGUUCAGUCUCCACUCAGCCUCCAAGCCUUGACCUCUCAGAUGCCUGACCUCGGAGAGUUUCCUCAGGUACCAGUCCACGUGAAGGACCCGGACCUCAUGUAUAACGUUCUGGACUGGCAGUACAGAGGCGUGAGGGUUAUGGUGCGACACUUUCUGGAGGUGAAGCAGAUUCUUGUCACCUCCAUGGAGCAGAGUCGCUACUUCCACCUUCCUGUCGGUAACCUUCCUCGGGAUGCCACAGCUUUUGGGGCAGAUCUCUUUUAUGCCAGGCACCUGCAGAAACAUAACAUAGUGCUGUGGGCCUCACCACAGCACAUGCCAGACUUUGGUGGCCACGAACAUGAUGACAACAGGAUGCUAACAGAGAGUGACGUGAUCUCCACUUCCCAGCUCUGCCACCCCAGCUGCUACUCCACAAUGUGUGUCGAGCUGGACAUUGAUGCUCUCGCUGUUACCUCCAUACUGCAGGCCAACAAUAUCAAUGAGAUGGAGGGAACGAGCAGCAGUGUGGCCUUUGAUGCCGCCCCCCAGGCCUCCCUGCAGGACAUGAUGAGUGGGGCGGAGUCGUCCGUCCCGGUGUAUGACGAAACAGCUCGUUGUGCCACGUCGUUCAGGAUCUUGCGGCAAAUGGUCGCUGCUUGGCUCCGCGAUGUUUCUGUCUACCAGAAUGUGUUCGCAGACUACCAGAUUGUACACUUCUACCGCUGGCUCCACGACCCCAACUCCCUCAUGUACGAUCCGGCGCUUCACCGCAUCCUCCGCAACUUGAUGCAGAAACUCUUCCUUCAUCUCAUCGCUGAGUUCAAAAGAUUGGGGUCAGUUAUUGUACAUGCCAACUUCAACAAAAUCAUCCUCUGCACCAAGAAGAAGAGAUUAGUCGAUGCAAUAUCGUAUGUUCAGUAUGUGGUCAACAGCAUACGUGGCAAGGAGCUGUUCCACUCCAUCGACAUCUCCUUCAAGCAGUGCUGGGAGUACCUCAUCUGGCUGGACCCGUCCAAUCACGGGGGUGUCAAGGGAAAGCUGCCGAAAGAAAUACAGAACACAAGAGAGAAUCAUGAACAAAACAGAGUAGCAAAUGGUGAUGAGGAGCAGAGUAACAUGACCACCGAGGAGGAAGGGCCAGUCAUUGAGAUGACCUGGAACUUGGCGGAGUACUUGCCCAAGUGGUGCGACUGUCAGACCAGCUUCAACAACGUCAUAGCGUCCUACAUCAACACCAUUUAUGAAAAACUUCAGGAAGAGACUGAUCGCUAUUCUCCAGGCAACACGCCCAUGAAGAGGAAGGCAGCCAGCCAAGCCUCCCAGUCACAAACACCCCAGGGGGCCAACAAAAGCUGUGAAGAAUUUGCUCAGGAACUUGUUGCCGGCCAGCUGGCACAGAAACUCUACUUCCUGACUCAGCGGAUCCAGAAGAAAGGCAGCGCCCGCAGGGAGGUGGAGGAGGCAGAGCAGAGUAUGCUGCUGGCAACCACAUCCCAUCAGAUUCCAGCGCUGGAGUUUGUCAAAAGCAUAACAAAAGUGCUUUCCCUAGAUAGCACUGUGGCACAGGAGGUUUCCAAGCUCAGAAGAGAUCUUCUUAAGCUGCUGAACAUGGGAGAAUUUUCACCCGAAGCUGAGUGGCAAGAUCCGUGUGUGUCGUACAUCCUCCCAGAAGUUAUCUGUCACUCGUGUAACCACUGCCGCAACAUUGACCUCUGCAAGGAUGUUUAUCAGACAGUUCAUAAUGGAGUACGAGUGUGGCUGUGCCCCAUGUGUGACACCAGCUAUGCAGCUGGAGACAUUGAGAACCAGCUGGUGGGCCUCAUCCACAACCACUCUGUGGCUCUCGUCCUCCAGGACCUGCAGUGUGAAAGAUGUUUAGAGGUGAAGCAGCCCAACCUGACGACUCACUGCCCCUGCGGAGGUUACUUCAAGAACCUAGAAAAGCACCAAGAGUUUGGCAACAAGCUGGAGGUGUUCAGCAAGAUUGCCACGGUGUUCAACAUGCCGCAGCUCAAGGAAAAUGUUGAAUGGAUGAUUGCAAAGAAUACCUGGCUAAAGCUAUGAUUUGUUAGCUGAUGUUAGGAUGUAUAGGUUGACUUUAUAUUACAUCAACUUAUGUGUCAAGAUAUUUCAAUAAUUUUUUGUUUGGCCAAAUUUAAGGGUAGACUUUUCUUGGGAUAGUGGUACUUCUCUAGGGGGUUACUAUUACUACUACUGCUGCUUCUUCUAAUACUAUACUAAUAUUAAGAAAUGAUAAUUUGGGGUGGGAUAAAUUUAUUCUUCAGUUGACCUUGGGGUUGAUGGGGAAAACUGUUUUCUAUGAGACCAACUUUUAUAUGUGUUUAUUUAUGAGAUCUUAACUCUAAUAAUCUAGCUUAAAUAUAAAUAUUUGCAAUGGCUAGCUUUAACUACAUUUUUAUAAAUGUCCUCAGGACUUUUAAUAGUACAAUUUUUAUACUGAAUAUAUUUCCUAUUGUA